CCUUUCUAUUGUGAUACUGAUACCUCUCUCCACUUAUAUCCUCUCUCCAUUUGAACCAAUUCUCCAAAGAGUAGGUUACAAGAAUUCCACACAGCCACACUCUGACACCCUUAAUGAGUUUGAGGUUUAUAGAGAAAUGAUUUUAGAGAGAGAUGAAGCAACUGAAACAACAUCCAACAGGAGCCAAGGUGACUUGAGAAGAGAAGGUACGCACGAAGAAAGAGAAAAUGAAAAUCCAGGGGAGUGGCUGAACCUGAGAUUAGGUCAAAAUUCAGUUUCAACAGGUAGAGAUUAUGACUCACGAUUAAGACCUUCUGCAAAGAUUUUCUCAUGUAAUUUCUGCAUGAGGAAGUUUUUCAGUUCACAGGCACUAGGGGGCCAUCAGAAUGCCCACAAGAGGGAGAGAGGUGCAGCUAGAAGAUAUCAAUCCCAGAGAACAAUCACAAUGAUGGGUUUGCCCAUGCACAGUGCUAUGGUCCGAUCACUAGGUGUCAGAACCCAUUCACUUGUGCACAAGCCAGGCAGAGAUGGAACUGCACUUGUAGGAAGGUUUAAUGAUGCUUAUACAGGGUUUGGAAUGGCAUGUACACCCUACAUGCUGGACGAUGCAGUGGAUGUGAUGUGGCCAGGCAGUUUUCGCUUGAAUCCCCAACCACAAGAGCCACCAUCAGAGCCUCUCAAGCUUGAUUUAAAUCUCCGACUGUGAUCUAUCUGUUGUAUUACCAAAUCGAGAAUCUUCUUUUACCAUCUUUUCUACUGGAAGAGUUCUUGAUUUGUUCAUCCAUCAAGUAGAAACUAACUUAGGUAGAAACCAUUACUUUGCAAAGUUAAUAUCUUGGAUGGUGAUUCUGCCUACUGAACUAGAAGAGAAACCAUGAACUCCUAUCUAGUAUGCCAGUUGUAGAACAAGAAAACCUAAGAGACAGCCUUUUCAGUUAUUUUUUAUUUCUCAGUGCUUAAAUAAAUCCUGGUGGCCUAUACUUACAUGUCACCGAGUCUGUAAGGUGGUUUCUCACCAAGUACAUGAGGUGGUUUCUCACCCACCCUAAUAUCAACUUCUAGUUUUGUUCAAAUUCA